AUGUCUCGUCUUGAGCUAUAUUCACCAGAGGGCCUACGCGUUGACGGCAGAAGAUGGAAUGAACUACGUCGUUUUGACUGCAAAAUUAACACACACCCCGCCUUUGACGGCUCUUCGUACGUCGAACAAGGCAACUCUAAGGUCAUAUGCAUGGUCAGGGGUCCAAUGGAGCCACCCAUGCGCUCGCAAGUCAAUCAGACGCAGGCGGUGAUUGAGAUGAAUUUAAACAUAGCAAGUUUCUCGACGUUGCAGCGCCGAAAGAGAAGCAAAAACGAUAAACGAAUGAUCGAGAUGAAGACUACGUUAGAAAGAACAUUUGAGCAGAGUGUUAUGUCGCAUUUGUAUCCUAGAACUUUGAUUGAGGUAAACGUCCAGGUUCUUGCUCAAGAUGGUGCUGUUUUGGCAACCAUGACCAAUGCUAUUACUUUGGCGCUUAUAGAUGCCGGUGUGGCCAUGUACGACUAUGUGUCUGCUGUCAGCGUAGGCAUUCAUGACCAGACACCACUUCUCGAUCUCAAUGUGUUGGAAGAAAAUGACAUGAGUUGUCUUACUAUCGGUGUUGUCGGAAAGAGUGAAAAGUUGGCGAUGUUGUUAUUGGAGGAUAAAAUGCCAUUGGACAAAUUGGAGAAUGCACUCGCGGUGGCAAUAGCUGGUGGCCAUAGAAUACGAGAUUUGAUGGAUGACGAGGUGAGAAGCCAUGGUAACCAGAGAGUAUCUAAACUCACGUCGUGA